AUAGAGCUGUAUGAGUAGUGAACAUCGUGUGGUGGUUUUGGAUUAUGUAUAGAAGUUGAUACAUAUUGGUGGAUAUUUUCCUUAUCAUUUGAGGUUCUGUUUCAUCUCUGCCUUCAGUCUACGCACUCCAGAUCAGCAGUGUCACAACUUGGCUAACAUAAUACCUUGACUAAACAUGUCAGUGGUGGGAUUUGAUGUUGGCUUCCAAAGCUGUUAUGUUGCUGUAGCCCGAUCCGGAGGAAUCGAGACCGUUGCGAAUGAAUACAGUGACCGAUGUACACCCUCAUAUGUUUCAUUUGGACAACAUAGUCGAUCGAUAGGCACAGCAGCCAAGAAUCAGGUGGUCACAAACUGCAAGAACACUGUCCAGGCGUUCAAGAGGUUCCAUGGACGGGCAUUCACUGACCCCUAUGUCCAGGCAGCCAAGCCCUACUUGGGCUAUGAGCUGGCUCAAAUGCCCCAUGGCACGACUGGUCUGAAGGUGAUGUACAUGGAUGAGGAGAGGGUGUUCAGCAUUGAGCAGAUCACUGGAAUGCUGCUUACCAAGCUGAAGGAGACUGCAGAGUCUGCUCUGAAGAAGCCAGUGGUGGACUGUGUUAUCUCUGUUCCCAGCUAUUUCACAGAUGUGGAGAGGAGAUCACUGAUGGAUGCAUCACAGAUCGCUGGCCUGAACUGCCUCAGGCUCAUCAAUGACACCACAGCAGUGGCGCUUGCUUAUGGGAUCUACAAGCAGGACUUGCCUAACCCGGAGGAGAAGGCCCGCACGGUGGUGUUCGUGGAUCUGGGGCACUGCGGCUACCAGGUGUCUGUGUGUGCCUUCAACAAAGGAAAGGUCAAGGUUCUGGCCUCCGCAUUUGACAAUGGCCUGGGCGGCAAAGACUUUGACGACGUCCUGGUGAAGAACUUCGCCGAGGAGUUCAGCAAGAAGUACAAGCUGGACGUGGCGUCCAACGCGCGCGCCCGUGUGCGCCUGGCCCAGGAGUCCGAGAAGCUCAAGAAGCUGAUGAGCGCCAACUCCUCAGACCUGCCGCUCAACGUCGAGUGCUUCAUGAACGGAGUCGACGUCACCUCCAAGCUCAACAGGGGGAGGUUUGAGGAGCUGAGCGCUGGGCUGCUGGCCAAGGUAGAGGGACCCCUACGCAGCGUCAUGGAACAGGCCAAGCUGAAGAAGGAAGACAUCUAUGCUGUGGAGCUGGUGGGCGGAGCCACCAGGAUCCCUUCAGUCAAGGAGCGAAUCAGCAAGUUCUUCGGAAAGGAGCUGAGCACCACACUCAAUGCUGACGAGGCUGUCGCUAGAGGCUGCGCUCUGCAGUGUGCGAUCCUGUCCCCUGCCUUUAAAGUGCGCGAGUUCUCCAUCUCGGACGUGGUGCCCUACCCCAUCUCCCUCAAGUGGAGCUCCAACGGCGCUGAGGAGGGACUCGGCUGCAGCGACUGUGAGGUGUUUCCUAAGAACCACGCGGCCCCCUUCUCCAAAGUGCUGACGUUCUACCGCAAAGAGCCCUUCCAACUGGACGCAUACUACAACAACCCCAAGGAGCUGCCCUACCCAGACCCCACAAUAGGCCAGUUUGUGGUGCAGAAGGUGGUCCCGCAGGCGUCUGGCGAGAGUGCCAAGGUGAAGGUGAAGGUGCGUGUGAAUGUGCACGGCAUGUUCAGCGUCUCCAGCGCCUCACUGGUGGAGGUGCUCAAGGCGGCCGAGGGAGAGGAGCCCAUGGACACCGACCCGGCAGCUAAGGAGGACGAGACAAAGAUGCAGGUGGAGCAGGGGGAUAAGACACAGGGAGACAGCGCAGACAAGAAGUCGGACUCUGAAGACAUGGAGACGUCAGAGGAGGGGAAGCAGGAGAAGGCCGGGCAGCCAUCGAGUAAGAAGGCCAAAGUCAAGACAAAGACUGUAGACCUGCCCAUACAGAACAGCCUGAGCUGGCAGCUGUCCAACGACAUGUUGAAUGCAUUUGUUGAGAAUGAGGGAAAGAUGAUCAUGCAGGACAAACUGGAGAAAGAGCGAAACGAUGCCAAGAACUUUGUGGAGGAGUAUGUGUAUGACAUGAGGGACAGACUCCAUGGAACCCUGGAGAAAUUUGUCACUGAAGAGGAGCGGAACUCUUUUACCUUAAAGCUUGAAGAUUGUGAGAACUGGUUAUACGAGGAUGGAGAGGACCAACAGAAACAAGUCUACAUCGACAAACUGGCCGAAUUGAAGAAAAUCGGACAGCCCAUCAUGGAGCGGUACCAGGAGUCUGAAGAGAGACCAAAAGCGUUUGAGAAGCUGGGCAAACUUCUACAGCAGUACAUGAAGAUCGUAGAGCAGUACAAAAUGAAGGAAGAGAAGUACGAGCACUUGGAGGAAGCGGAGAUCUCCAAGGUGGACAAGAAGGUGAAUGAGACGAUGAUCUGGAUGAACAGCAAGAUGAACCAGCAGAGCAAACAGAGUCUUACCCAGAAGCCCACCAUCACCGUCAAGGAGAUCCAGGCCAAGACCAAGGAGCUGCUGGACGUCUGCUCCCCGAUCGUCACCAAGCCCAAGCCCAAAGUGGAGCUCCCCAAAGAGGAAGGCUCGGAACAGAACGGCCCGGUCAAUGGACAGCAGCAAGGCGGCGAGGCCCAGCAGCCGGGAACGCCACAGAAAGGCAGCGGUGGCGCAGCCGCAGCAGAGCAGGCCGCCGACGGCAAACCAGCGAUGGACCUCGAUUAAAAUUCCUGAAUAAAACCUCAUGUGCUGCUGCUGCUGCCGCCGCUGCUGCUGCGUGAACACUGAUAUGCGCCAAGGUCUCUCUCUCUCUCUCUCUCUCUCUCUCUCUCUCUCUCUCUCUCUCUCUCUCUCUCUCUCUCUCUCUCUCUCACUCACACUCUCUCUCUCUCUCUCUCUCUCUCUCUCUCUCUCUCUCUCUCUCUCUCUGUGCUUCAACUCCUCCAUGGACUCCUGCUCCAGUUCUUCCCGUGCUCCUCCUACCUGUGUCUCCUUGUUAUAGGACUUCACUUCUGCAGUCAAUGUGUGUGUGGGCCCCUUCUGUCUAGUGCUGUUCAUAUUUUUUUGUUUUCUUUUUUUUAUCUUAAUUCUCCUUUUUUUGUUUAUGUUCAUUAUUUAACUUGUGUUUUUUGAAAUUCUGAAGAAAAAAAACAGAAUGAUAAUCUCCUCUCCUGAAAGCUUAGUGCACUUGUGUAGAUGAUUGUUUUUUGGGAUUUUUUUAUUUUUUUUUGCAUAGUGGGUGUUUGGCAUAGUGGGUCAUAGGAUAUAACUACAUAUUCAUGUCAGUUGAAUCAGUUAUUUGUCAGUUAUUUUAGUCUCUUCAUUGAAAAAAAAAUUCAAUACAAAAUUGUCAAGGCAAUGUGCAAGAUCUUUCUGGGAAGUUUAAGGUUUAUUUUUGACCAGAUAAGAAACCUUUCCAGUUGUUUGGUCUCUGAAAAAAUCCUUAUAGAAUGUACCUGUAGAAUCCUGCACCUAUCUACUUGCUGCAUUCUCAUCCUACACAAGAAAAAAAAACUGAAUUUAGCUGUGGUUCAUAAUGUUUACAGUCACAUAUUCUUUAACAAUCAUGGAGAUGUUCCCAGCCGCAGGCAGAAGUGUAGGCUCAAUGUAGCUGUAGAGUACUUGUCAACCUAUGUUACAAAACAAUGCCGUACAAUGCCCACUAGAUAAUCAUACAGAUACUUUACCUGUGUACUUAGCGCAAGUGUACCUGUGUGGAGUUAGCCCGCAGAAUGAAGUCUUGUGUCUUCUGAAGUCAACGCUGUCUCCACAAACAACUAUUUGUAAAUAUGGAAUGCUAGUUGGAGUUUUAAAUGACAGAACUCUAUUAGAUCCUCUAUGGGAUUUUUUUUUUCAUUGAUGUGAGACGGUAUGGUAUGUACAAGCCAAGCUUGUUGUUUGACUCAAGUAUGGUGUUGUAAGAUAUGAAUUAUAGUGGCACAACAAUAAGAAUACAAGCACUCGAAGUUGAAGCAGACCUUGGUCACUGUUAUGCAGUAUUGCAAAGUUCAGCAAAUCAAAACAAAUCUCCAGAGCUGGAGCUGAUCUUUUUUUUUUCUACUCUGUAUCAACGCUCAACAAAUAAACAUAUAAACAACCCUUCUGGUUUAAGACUACA